UUUGUGUUCGUGGUGUGUACAUUGUGUGGUGUUUGAUUUUGUGUUGGUUUUCACGAUUUGGCCACGUCCAUUUGGUGGCAUUUGGUAAAUGUGUAAGCAGAAACAGUCAAACGAAGGCCUAGUUACAGGUGACAUGCGUACAAAACAUCAAAAUUAGCCUUGGUCUCAUUCAGUUCAUGACAGACUAGAAGAUGCCAGGAUGUCUGCUGGUGAUAAGCAUUACAAUGACCACGCAAACCCAGUACCAUCGUUUCCUAACCACAAUGGCCAGACUCAUAACCAGUUUACACAACAACCUUCACCGACCUUCACACCAAACGAACACGCGACGACAACGACGCUACCUCCAUUCUCUAGUAUGAUGCAGAUGCCAUUCACCUCAACCUCUGAAUCCACCAAGUACCAGCAGUACGACAAGGAAAUUCCUUUCACUGAAUCGAGAAAUCAGAUUCCUUCACAAUCUCAGCCAUCAUAUUCACCAUCUGUAGACCCCACAUCGACGAAUCUGUCGGAAACACAUUUCUAUCGGUCAGCCAUCCGGUCAUCUGACUUGCCGAACCCACUGCCGGUACCACUGUAUUCCCAGGAGCUGCUCAACGCACGGGAAUGUGGCCGCACGGUCGAGUACCGGUCGAUGGUCAUACGCGAGACCGUCAAGUACUUCCUCAAGAUGAAGUAUUGGUGGACGAGUGAAGACUAUGACGCCAUGGCGCAGAUGGUUGCUAGGGAGUUUCCGGACCUGCGAGACUCGAAUGUCACUCCAGGACAGCCAGACUAUGUACGAAUAAGAGCUCAUUUGUCACAGACUGCCAGGAAUCUCCGCAGAGUGGCCAAAAACCAGCAGCACCGGAAACUGAUUGGUAAAACUGAGACCAGCACAGCAGCUGCCACUACACACAGUGGUGUGGAAACGGAGCAAGAAUCAGUGCCAUCAUCUGUGAUCCACAACAUGAAGCAGGAUAUAUCCUCCAACAGAAUGGCUCUUCCCUCGGUCGCUCACAUCCUCAGCAAGCAGUACCUGACUCCGUCGCCAAUGUCCUACCCUAUGAGCACAGCCAGUCUGCUACCACAAAUGAUGUCUGCCAGCUCCAUUCUGGCCUCCCCGACCUACCAGAAGUACCUACACUCAUCCCUGUUAGCAAUGUCUCCAGAAGGGAUGUCAUCCCUGUCCCAGAAGCUACUGUCACAGCUUGCUACGGGAUCAUAUGCAUCUUUGCCAGCUUUUGGCCACAGUCCAGGCUUCCCUUAUCCUGUGAAGGUUGAACCAAAGUCUGUGAUGAAUGAAUAUGGGCCAUCAUCUUCGUAUGUUCCCAGCAGGACUGAUGCUCAUGGUGACGAUGUGCAGCCACACCAUCAGGGAAGAGAUUCCGUGUCACCAGAGUCUUCAGAAGGAUCACCAAGAGACACAAGCUGUCGAGAUGGGGAAGAUCUGCCUAUUCAUUUUGGUGCGGAACAUGGCAUGACUCGAGAAAACACAGAAAGUCAAAGACACGUAUCACCAACGGCACAUCACGUUCCAAAUUUCAACCCAGCUAGGAGUCGAAAUCAUAGCAGUGCCAAGGAUGCCCAUAAAAGGGCACGGUCAAAUUCUGAGUGCGAAGAUGGUUCCAAGUCUCCUCACACAGGUCUGUCUGAUGAGGCAGAGCUUCCCAAUCCACUGCCAAUUCCCAAGUACUCUGAGCGGGUUCUCAGUGCCAACGAGAUGGGUAUGACAAAGGACAUGCGCUCGACUAUCAUCCGGGAAACGACGACCUUCUUUCUCAACAUCAAAUACCGAUGGACGAGCUCGGAUUAUGACCGAAUCUCGUCCAUGGUGGUCAGUCUGUUUCCAGCUCUAAGAGACCCGAUCAGCAGUCCUGGUUAUGCACCCACAAGACGUGUACGAUCAGAUCUGUCAAUGUGUGCACGCAACAUACGUCGGAGGGACGUGAACAAGAUCACUACCGGUUAUGCUAGGAAGAAAUCUAGAGCUGCUAUGAGUAGUUUUGUCUAUGAUCCGAGAGUCAGUCUCAGUGUUAAAGCAGAGCCAGUGUUUUCACAGUAUUCGGAUCUCAGCCAUAAGUUCUGGGAACAAAAACCACAAAUUCAUGAAAUCCAUGGUCAAACAUUUGAAAACAAACCAAUGACCGAAUCAGCGUAUGAUUUAACUGCCAGGGAAAUUGCAAGACAAAACUUGAUGAUGAUGGCUAACAGUGUAAAUGAUAUGCAGACUAACUCGAAUGAUCACCCUGAGGAUCAUGGUUCCAGUAAUCUACAUGUGGAGAAGCAUAGUGAAUCUCGUGUCGUUGGUGAGGCUGGUGAUAUCAAAACAGGUCACAAUGGUAUUACAAACAUGCCUGCUAUGUCUGUAGAUGCAAACAUUCCUCAUGGGACCGAUUUUAGUAACAGAGAACCAAGAAAUGAGAAUGUUGUUAUGGCUUCAGGAGCUGAAAACCUUCACCAUGAUAAGAGCCAUUUUAAACAAGACUCGUACGAGUCUGAAAGUAUCAGUAUGACACAUCAGAAUAAGGAGUGUCCUGUGAUUGAAUCAGAACCUAGCAACAGUCAUGUUGCAGAAACCCUGUUAUCCUUUCAUCACCAGGGAAUUGUAACUGUAUUGGCUCCAGGUUCUGUGUCAAAUACAGGACAUAUCAGAAGUGAAUCUAGUGAGACUUUCAUCAGUUCUUAUACAGGACCUUCUGCAAACAUUACAAUAAACUCAUCCUCAGCAUCGGGUGCUUUCAAGUCAUCAGGAGGCGGUAAUUCAACUGUUGGUGCUGCUACUGAUCCACAUCAUGGAUCUCGCACAAUAGAUUCUAGUCCACAUGAACCAACAUUUAGACCUGCACCUCCAGUAGGAUGUGACGAGAUGGCUGUCUCUGGUGAUGGAGAUGUGGUGUCUUCCAGCAGAUUGUCUGCAUAUGUAUCUGAGUCUUCAGCUUCCUCUGCUUCCCACUGUUCUCCUCUCAUUACUAAUUCUGCUAACAACCAAAGAUAUGACACUGGACAAUAUAGCUCAGAUGUUGAUCUUGAAUCAGGAACUGGUACAUGCACACCUGAUAAACAAAUUAGACAUUCGGACCCGAAUAAGUCCUCAGCUGGAACUCCAAUAGAUGGUCAAGAUGAUUCUAGCUGUGCACUUAUGUUUACACCUCUCAUUGUUAAAGAUUCAAGAACAAAUUCCAAUGCUGAAGGAAAUAAAGUAAAUAAUGAACCAGGAAUGGAGCCAAGAACCAUCGGCAUGGCACCAGCAUUGAAUCCAGGAGAACAGACAUCAAGUUUGAUGGACGGGCAGAGUGAAAUGAGGGAGAAAAUGGCUGCCAUUGAACCUUGUGACAAAGCUGCAGAUGGAAUGGAAAGAAUACUUCCUCACCAACACGGAAAUUUGGGACCUUUAGGACUUGCUGCCAGAUCUAAAAUACAACCUUCAAAACAGUAUGCAACUGGUAACACACUUCCCGAUCCUCUUCCGGUGCCCACAUAUUCCUUGGAUAUCUGUAAACAGCAGCAGUUAGGCCGGAUCCUUGAGAUGAAGAACCAGGUUGUAAAAGAAACAGUAAGCUUCUACCUGCAGUGGAAAUCCAUCAAGUGGAGGCCGGCAGACUACUCCAGAGUGGUCAAGAUGAUUUUGCUACAAUUCCCAGAGUUCAAAGCUGUUAAAAUGUUAAAGAACAUGGUCUUUUUCACUGUCCGGAAUCUCUGUAACCGACGCCAGUUCUUUCAAGCUGGUCGAUACUGGAACAAAAAAAGGCUACAGUACAGACCAAAAAUUACCGCCAAUACCAAUCAAAGAAGUGGACCAAAAAUUAAGACUGAUGACAGUGGUGGGGAAAAUAAUUCUUCCAAAUCAUCAGUUGCUGCCUCGACCACUGUUUCUAGUGUCAGUUCUGGGAAGCAGUUUACUAGUCAGACACAACAACCACAGGAAAUGGGGACAUUUGAUCAGAUGGCAGACAGCCAAAAUGACAAAACUACCUUUACAGCAUCACACUCGUCAAUGUGUGGGGUUGAAAUUACAGCUGAGCCAAGGGCAGAUUAUCAAAACAGUGAACAUGGUAAUCAGCCAUCACAAAGUGUCACACCCAGUGAUACCAAUAGUUGUGGAACAAUACAGCAAGCCGUUAGUCAACAAACAGGUGUUACGUUUCCUGGGGCUGAACGUCAUAUCUCUGAAGUAAAUAUUGCUGGCGAUUUGUCAGAUAAUGUGAUGCAUCCUGCGAACCCUGCCAGUUCCGACACACAUGAAACACAAAAAGAAUCUAGUGCUACCAGUUCUCACGGCAGUGACCCUAACAACAAAAAUGUUCCAGACCACCUGAGGACCUCCCUUACGAGGCAGAUUUCGCUCCCAAACCCUCUCCCAGUCCCGCAGUACUCGCAGCAGCUGCUGAGUUCCAAACAAGACUACACUCUGAAGCAUCACCGACUGCAGAUCAUUCGGGAGACGGUCAAGUACUUCCUGCUCAUUAAGUACUGGUGGUCAUCGAGAGACUACGAGAGAAUCGCCGAAAUGGUCAUCACUCAGUUUCCCCGUCUGGCAGACCACGGUUCUCAUCCCAGUGGUCCUACUUAUAGAAAGGUGAGACGAGAGCUGUCCAUGUGUGCACGGAAUCUCAGACGGAGAUUUGUCAAGUGGGACCAGCAAUCCAGUCUGAAUGAUCCACCUCAAGAUCCUAGCAACAUGAUGGAAGAUGAUGUCAAGGAGCCAAACACAAUGAAUAACGAAGAUCUGAGAACGGAACUAAUGCCCAAACAAGAAAGGGAAAUAACUCCGAUAAAUGCUGCAGCCGAUUCAGGUUUGAGAUCCAGCGAGUGUCCGCGAUUGUAUACGGAAUCUGCUAGUUCUACUGGUCAUCAUGUGGAAAAUACUGGACAGAGUGUAGAGAACCAGCAGACACAGGCAGUGAGGGAUGCUUUUCAACCUUGUGGGUAUAGAAGUAACAUGGGCACAGGAUUGUCUCCCCUUGAUCACCAUGGCCACUUGACCAGUGCUGUUCCUAUAGCUUACAAUGUUCUGAAGAUGAAGAAGACAUACGUAAACCCAGACCAUGGCAAUCUCCUACAGACUCAGCUUUCUCAACUGUGGAAGGAAGGAAAAUAUUUCGAUGCUGACCUAGAGGUCAAUGGAACAAAAAUACCGACUCACAAACUAAUAUUGUUGGCAAUGUGCCCAUUUCUGCAGUCGACCCUUGACCAGAUGGACACUAAACACCGUAUUGAGAUCAGCAUGCCAGAGAACUCCACCAUUGAGGCUGUGGACGCCUUCCUCAAAUACCUGUACGACGGGGUCAUCCACAUCAACACCGACACCGUGCAUGCACUCAGCAAGAUUGCAGACAUGAUGCACAUCCACAGACUCUACAAACACUGUCAGGAUUUUAUCGAGUCAUGGAAAAAAGAACAACAGCUGCAGGAGGAAGAGCUGAACGUGUACAGACUGAGUCUCAGAGUCCCAGACGGUGAUUCUGGUCAAGGUCUACACCACGGCUACCAGGCUGGAGCUAACUUCCACGGUGCCAGGUCAGAGAGAUAUCCUUCGACAUCUGUCACCGUUGGUGAUGAUACUGCAAGGCAGCAGUAUCUGUACCACCAGUCUGGUCAAAGCUUUGAUAAUGUGUAUGACAAGUCGAAGGUUCAGCAGAUUCAGAACAGUGUGGUCGGUGUGGGUAACUCUUCCACCAACCCUGGGAAUCAGAGAGAUGUGCAUCAGAGGAUUCAGAACAAUGUUGUCGGUGUGGGUAACUCUUCCACUAAUCCUGGGAAUCAGAGAGACAUGCAUCAGAGGGAUCUGUCUUUAAAGGUGGACAGACGUGUCAGUGACCAGAUUGCAGACAGCUACACCAGACGGACGUCCUGGUCCGGUCAGACAGAUCCACACCCGGAGCAGACGGUCAAACAGGAGAGGUCCGAGUCUUCCAGCUGUUCUGUGGUCACUCAGAACUCUUGUUCAGCUCUCUACAAGCAGGAGGUGGACUCAGGACAGGAACAAAGUGUCUUCCCACAGUGGUGGCCCACCAAGAUGUAGCUGGUUUAAGGUUGCAAGUUGUGUGAACCUAUAGCACUUCACGAAGUCGGUUUUUAAGCAUUGUAAAUGUAUGUAGUUACACACUUAUAAGACCUCAACAAGAUUUGUAAAUUCGGUCCAUAGAGUGCUAAACAAUAUUAUAAGAUACAUGUACAGUAGAAAAUCCCACCGUAAAGUCAACUAUUAGCAGGUGGCCAGCUUGAAAGCUUCCUGCCUUGUUUUAGUGAUUGCGUGUGUUUAUGUUAAACUUAGUUUUGUUUGACAUCACUAUAGCACAUUGAUUUGUUAAUCAUCAGCUGUUGGAUAUCAAAAUUUUAUAAUUUUGAGGAAAUCAUUAAAUGUUUUCCAUAUGCAAUACAAUGUCAUAUUUGA